AUGACCGAUAAACAACCUUCUGAUGUCACCAUAGACUUGAUAAACCAGGUGAUAGAAACAAACUCUGGUAGAGGGUUUGGUCCUGGACAUUUUGAAGGCUUUCAAAACGAUUCCGAACACAAUUCUUUUGGGUGUCAAGGACAUGGAAACCACUUGAACAGUCUUACACCUGUUCGUUGUGUUGAGCAAUACUUGCCUGAUCAUUUGAUAAAACAUAUUAUUCACUUGUCCAAUGAUCCAACUAUUCCUUGUACUACUGAAGAUCCUGAACCCUCAGACCAUAUCAAAGCUUGGUACACCUCGCCACCAGCUGAUAAUGAGCACAAUGAUGAUGAUUCACAUGAUGACGAAGACACUAUCAUUCCAUGUUCGAGUCAAGAAUCUGAAGAUGAACAGGAUGACUCUUCCUCUACAACACACACAGCAAAUAUCACCGUGUCUGACCUAUACCUAUAUUUGGCAACUGUUAUUGCCAUCAUGCUUGCUCCUCAACCUGAGCUCACAGAUUACUUCUCAACAAGUGUAUUCUUUGGUAACGAAUUCAUAAAAAGUAUUUGGAGUGGCAGAGAUCAUUUCCUUUCAGUUCAUAGAAGUGUUCGUGUCAACCCCCACUAUUUUACCAGAGUGUUCAAUCAAAUUUCUUUGAUAAUUUGGAAACCCUUCCCGAACGUCACAGUUGAUGAAACAUUGAUACAAUUCACGGGCAGAUUUAAAUUUAAACAACACAUCAAAGGAAAACCUGAAGACACUGGUAUUAAGUUUUAUAUGAUGGCCGACGACUUGUGGUUCGUGAUAAGAUUGUGGCCUUACACAGGUCAUCAACCACAAGUUCAUAUCUUAGUGAUGGAUUUUGUUUCCUUCUUACCUUCUCAUGAGUACAAUAUUUGCACUGAUUCCUACUUUGGCCACCACAAGACGGCCCUACUAUUGAAUUACCACAAAUUCCGGUUUACGAUGAUUUGUCCCAAAAACAGAUUAGAAGAAGAAUGCAAAAACUUACUCUCAAGGUAUACAUUAUCAAAAGGUGAAUGGAUUGGUGUCACUAAUGGAGAUUAUGUCGCAAUUCAUUACAAAGACAAAAAACAAAUUACUUUUCUUUCCAACAUGGUUACUUUGAAGAAAAGCAAGAACAAGAAGAAAGGAGCUCCUAAAGUAAAAGAGCUCUAUGAGAAGAAGCAUGUGAACGUAGAUGUGGCUGAUAGAUAUGCACAUAUGUAUCCCGGUUGCCAUCGGGUCAACAAGUGGACUCAAGCAGCAUGGAUGGGAAUUUUCCGAAUUGUACUCGCAAAUUCAUGGAUUUUCUAUAAGAAAGCCAAAAACACUGAUAUUGAUUACAAAUCAUUCCUGAUGAGAGUGGCUGUCGGAUUUGCCCAAAAAGCAGGUGCUGAUCUUGAUGAUGAAGGAAAAAAACUAUAUGAUGUUCAUAUGAUUCAAAGAGUGCAUGAUCGUCAUGGCCAUCAUUGCCAUCAUUGCAAUAAGUAUCCAACACACACAAAGUGCUCACAAUGUGAUGAGUGGGAUAUGUUUAACAGUCCUUCCAAAGUGUUAAGACCCAAUGAAUGGUAUUCUGAAGAAAUUAUUGAAGUUUUCGAUGAAAAUGGAAUGGAAGAUGAUGAAUUGGACACUGAAUUGAAUGAUGACAUGGAGAACGAAUUUAACAUUGAGAAUUACGAAAUGGAGCUUUGGGAAGAGGAUGAUAUGGCUGAUGAAUACGACUUGGAUGAUUGA